AUGGCUUUCAACUUCAGCGGUGCCACGCCAAGCACCUCGGCUGCCCCCUUGGGCGUUGGAGGAAAUCUCAAAACAACCACGAAUGAACCAGUCAGAGAACUCACGAGCUCUCUCCAAAGACUCUUUUCAAGCGGGUCUUACUCCGAUCUUACCAUCCUAUGUGGUGAGAGCCAGUACAAGGUGCACAGAGCGCUCGUCUGUUCUCGCUCUAGCUUUUUCGAGGCAGCGUGCCGCAAUAGUUUUAAGGAAGCUGAGACCGGCGAAAUCUCCCUUCCCGAUGACGACCCGGUCGCAGUUAAGAUGAUGAUCCGAUACUUCUAUUUUCUCGAUUACUCACCUCCAGAAACAAAGCCCUCGAGCCAUCAAACUCCCACAUACUUCAACCUGGAGGGCCAUGGCCAAGGGGCCAUUUUUGGUGAAGCGAUCUACCCUUCCACCGCACAGGGUACAAAGAAAUUCAACAACAAGAAUAAACCUAAGGCUGAGCCUACAUUUUUCACGACCGCAACCACUUCUUCCCAUCUUGUCUUGCAUGCUCAAGUCUACGCCUUGGCAGAGAAAUACGACAUCUCCGGCUUGAAGGCACUAGCAGCGACAAAAUUUAAGAGCGAAGUGGACUCACACUGGCAUUCUGAGGAUUUUAUGCUGGCUUUGCAGGAGGUUUAUAACUCCACGGUCGAUCAUGAUCGCGUGCUUCGAGACAUCGUCGUUCAGGCGGUCAGCGGACAUUUACAGUUGUUGGAAAGUAAGCCUUUCCAACAGGCUAUCAAGGGACUUGAUUUCUCUUAUGAUCUCCUCCUCAGGCUUAAAAUGGGCGGACGAAUUUGA